UUCCGGGUGGCGGCGGCCGCUUCCGCCUCCCGCUGGGCCUGCGGCGGCGGCGGCGCCGGUUCCGGGCCUGGGCCUGGGCCCCGCCCCCACCCGGAGGGUCUCCCCCUCCCCCCCCCCCCCCGGCCUCCUCCUCUUCCUCAGGGCCCGGCGGCUGGGCCGGGCCUGGCGGCGGGGUCCCGGUGUGCCGGUGCCCCCGGUCCCGCUGCCCCCGGUGGCCCGGUGCCGGUGCCGCAGGAUGUGGUACAUCAUGCAGAGCGUGCAGAGCAAGUACUCGCUGUCCGAGCGCCUCAUCCGCACCAUCGCCGCCAUCCGCUCCUUCCCCCGGGACAACGUGGAGGACCUCAUCGGGCGGGGCGCCGACGUGAACGGCAUGCACGGCACCCUGAAACCGCUGCACUGCGCCUGCAUGGUGGCCGACGCCGACUGCGUGGAGCUGCUGCUGCAGAAGGGAGCGGAGGUCAACGCCCUGGACGGCUACAACCGCACGGCGCUGCACUACGCGGCCGAGAAGGACGAGACGUGCGUGGAGAUCCUGCUGGAGUACGGGGCCGACCCCAACGCGCUGGACGGCAACAAGGACACGCCGCUGCACUGGGCCGCCUUCAAGAACACGGCCGAGUGCGUGCGCUCGCUGCUGGAGAACGGCGCCCUGGUGAACGCCCGCGACUACAACGACGACACGCCGCUCAGCUGGGCCGCCAUGAAGGGCAACCUGGAGAGCGUGAGCGUCCUGCUCGACUUCGGGGCCGAGGUGCGGGUGGUCAACCUGAAGGGGCAGACGCCCAUCUCGCGCCUGGUGGCGCUGCUGGUGCGGGGACUGGGCACGGAGCGCGAGGAUUCCUGCUUCGACCUCCUGCACCGCGCCAUCGGACACUUCGAGCUGCGCAAGAACGGCAGCAUGCCCUGGGAGGUGACCAGGGACCAGCAGCUCUGCCAGAAGCUGACGCUGCUCUGCUCGGCCCCCGGCACGCUGCAGACGCUCUCGCGCUACGCCGUGCGCCGCAGCCUGGGCGUGCGCUUCCUGCCCGAGGCCGUGGAGCAGCUGCCCCUGCCCACCUGCCUGAAGGAGUACGUGCUGCUCCUCAGCUAGGCGCCGGGAGCACCCGUUUUAGCACCCGCGGGCGCUGGGCGAGCAGCGGGGACGCUCCGGAAGGCCCCGCGUCCCUCUCCGCGCCUGCCACGCUUGCUCCGCGCGAGCUCCUGCGCUGCGUUUUCAGCCGUGCGAGGAAAAUCGACCCCCCCCCCCCCCCCCCCCCCCCCUCCAACGGACGGCGAAGCCGUCGCGGCCGCUGGAUUAACCUGGUCCUUUUUUUUUUUUUUGGUGUUUUUCUUUUUUUGUGUGCGUUUUCUUUUCUUUUUUUUUUGUUCCGUGGUGGGCAAAGCGAGGCUUUCCGGGCGAGACCAGCGAAAUCUCCCCCUUGGGAAGGACUCGAGGCGCUGCAGGGCACGGAGAGGCCCGCUGGGUGAUUGCACGCCUCGAGCCCGUUCCUCCUGCAGCCCCGCGGGGCGAGCGCCCGCCUCACCGCGCACAGCACCCGGGGCGCCCCCUCGGCACCCGGGGCAGCUUCGUUCCCCCCGUACCCCGGAGUUUUAAGACGUAACGGCGCGUUAGGGACAGAAGGUGGGGGGCUGGGGGGAACGCAGCGCCCGCAGGAGCGAGAAACCUUCGUGGGGCGCGAGGCCAGCGAGGGGAGGAGGCGCCCCGACCGGCGCAGCGCCGGGGCCCGGGGCGUCCCCGUGUCACCGGGGCCCAGCUCUCGCUGCUCUCCCCGCCAGAAAUUUGGCCGCGGUUCCUGCGAGAUAAGAAAACGUUUCCCUGCCGUCCAGGCUGGCUCCGCUCCGGGCACAGGACGCUCCCGAGCAGGAGGCUUCGGCUCCCCUCUGCCAUCAGGGUUCUCGGUUUGGUUCUGCGCCGCCCCCUCGCCGCCUCGUGGCUGGUUUUAUUUGCGUGUGUGUGUUUGUACCGCGUGGGCGCGGAGGCGCCGGCAGCAGCUCCCCGGGUCGCUGCCUCUCGCUUCCGAGGGGCGAAACCCGCCCGGAGCCGCUGCCCGCCCGCAGCCCGCCGCGCCCCCAGCUUGCGUUCACAGAAAUAAACGGCUCCUCGCAA